AGACUCAUCUUGGAUGUCAUUUCAUUUUUUGUAGAUUGGUUCGAGUGAGUAAAAACUACCGAUCAGUCAUAAGAGCAUGCAUGGAGGAAAUGCACCAGGCAGCAAUUGCUGCUAAAGAUCCAGACAGCAGUCGCCAGUUCAGCAGCCAGGUCUCCAUCCUGUCCGCCAUGGAGCUCAUUUGGAACCUUUGUGAGAUUCUCUUCAUUGAAGUUGCCCCAGCCGGCCCGCUCCUCCUCCUCCUCCUUGACUGGGUCCGACUGCACGUGUGCGAGGUGGACAGUAUGUUGGCAGAUGUUCUGGGCAGCGAGAACCCAAGCAAACACGAGAGCUUCUGGAAGUUGGUAAGGACCUUGUGCAGGCUGGGCCUCCCCUUCUCCCACCUCAG